AUGACUAACAGGUAUCCAACCUCUUAGAAAAACAAGUAUUAGAAUGUUAGCAAGCCAUUGAUGUCUGCAGUGUGAGCUUUUGCUAUGCAGAUAUAGCAGAGAAUAAUGCAGAUCACCUAUGUACAAAUAAAAUUAUUCACUAAUGAAAUGGUUUUAGUAUUUCAGAAAUUAGCAAAUGCCAGUUGCAGAUUGUCAAAUGUUCAGAAUUUACCGUAUUUUUCGCACCAUAGGACACACUUUUUCCCUCCUAAAAAGCAAGGGAAAAUGUCUGUGCGUCCUAUGGAGCGAAUGCAGGGGGGGAGGCAGGCGGGAAAAGCCCCCAAGAGCCGCACACAAGCUCCGUGCGCUCUUGCGGGCUUUUCCACAGGAGGGAGAAGGGACUGGCCGCAUCAGUCCCUUCUCCCACCUCCCAGAAAAGCCAGGAGAAGCCGCGAUCUCUUUAAAGGGGUUGCGCGGCUUCUGCGGGCUUUUGGGAGAGGUGAGGGAAUCCCCACGUCACAGGAAAGCCAGGAGAAGCCGUGCAGCCCUUUUAAAGUGCGUGCGGCUUCUGCCGGUUUUGCGGGAGGUGGGGGAAUUCCCCCACCUCCCAGAAAAGCCAGGAGAAGCCGCAAUCUCUUUAAAGGGGUUGCGCGGCUUCUGCGGGCUUUUGGGAGAGGUGAGGGAAUCCCCCCCACCUCCCAGGAAAGCCAGGAGAAGCCGUGCAGCCCUUUUAAAGUGCGUGCGGCUUCUGCCGGUUUUGCGGGAGGUGGGGGAAUUCCCCCACUUCCCAGAAAAGCCAGGAGAAGCCGCAAUCUCUUUAAAGGGGUUGCGCGGCUUCUGCGGGCUUUUGGGAGAGGUGAGGAAUCCCCACCUCCCAGGAAAGCCAGGAGAAGCCGUGCAGCCUUUUUAAAGUGCGUGCGGCUUCUGCCGGUUUUGCGGGAGGUGGGGGAAUUCCCCCACUUCCCAGAAAAGCCAGGAGAAGCCGCAAUCUCUUUAAAGGGGUUGCGCGGCUUCUGCGGGCUUUUGGGAGAGGUGAGGAAAUCCAACCACCUCCCAGGAAAGCCAGGAGAAGCCCUGCGCAGCGUCUCCCGGCAAGGAGAGGCUGCACGGGGCUAAAGGGGAAGCUAUGGAGCAAGCCAAGGCAGCGAGCGGGAUGGAUCCCGCUCGCUGCCUUGGCUUGCUCCAUAGCUGUGCGCAACCCCUCCGGCAGGGAGAGGUUGUGCGCAGCCUGUACGCUGCUCUUUGGGGCUGGGGGGGGGAAGAUUUUUUUUCUUGAUUUCCCCCCCUAAAAACUGGGUGCGCCCUAUGGUCCGGUGCGCCCUAUGGUGCGAAAAAUACGGUAAUAGAUAUGCAGCCUAAUCCAGUCAUAUUAAUUUGCAAAUAAGUCUCAUUUAGCUAAGUAUAACCUACUGCCAUGUAUGUUUGCAUAGGAUAAAACCUUAUAAAAUAAUUAUAAUAUUUAAGAAAGAAGCAUUAAGCAUAUAUGCCCUAUUGAACUCAUUGGCACUAACUUGUGAAUAGUCAUGCAUAGGCUCAUGUUCUAAGUGAGCUAUAAAGUCAUCAGCAUAAAGGAGGAAAAACUCAACCUUAAUGUUGUGUGUUCAGUAUGUGUGAGUGGCCUCAGAUAUUUAAAAUUCCUAUGCUGCAUAAAUACAUGUAUACCAAUUUCAUAUAUAAUUUGCCAAGUCUUAUCUUGAUAUGGGUGGAGAGACUACUAUCAGAAAAUUAUUUUGGUUAGCUUUAUUUAUUUAUUUAUUUAAUAGAUUUAUAGAACCCCUUCUGUAAACUUCUGCCUCUGCAAACUCUCCCUUGAUUAGGGAAAUAAAACAUGACAUGCUGACUUCCUCAGCGCAGAUCAAACAAACAAACAAACAUUUAUUUAUUUUUUAACAUUCUAAAAUUAUUUGUUACUAGGUUUCUUAAUAACUAAGUUAACAUUAAACAAUACAGAUGUAAGUAUGUUAGCCCUAUGGUUAAUCGCUAAACGGAAAAAUGCCUCUAUCAUAUACUUAAAUUUAAUGGAGACUUUCCUGUAUAAAUGAAGAACUUUUUAAAAAUCACUCCUCGCAUUUUACAUUCUACCUACCAGAUAUAGGGUGGUAUCCAACUAAAUCAAUGAAUGGAUAUCCUUUUUUAAAAAAGAUGGUUUUACUUUUUAUCGUUGAUAAAAAAUAUUUGAAGGAUUAUGUUGACUUUUGGUGAAACACUUAGGAACUAAUAUAAUGAUGUCCAUGCUUGAUUUGGUUCAGGGCAAAAGAAAACCCACCCCUUAAUUAAUUUUAACUGGAUACAUCUGCAGAUUUGUCACAGCUGAAGUUUUCAGAGGAUUGGACUCCCACUGUCUGCAAAAGCAGACCAGCAACCUGAAUGCUCCUAUGGCUCAAUUUUUCUGGGUCAGCUUAAAUUGUCAUGCAGCUUCUGAUACAGAAUCUCCAGGUAAGCUAUUUUUUUAUUAGCAAUAUAUAUUAAUAUGUGAUAAAUGAAAACAUUAGUUUUACUUUAUAUCUGCUAAGGCCUUUCUAGAUAGGUGCCGUCUCUGGGGAGGAAAACCUGUUCCUUUAGUACUAUAUUAGUAAAUGCACAGCGUCUGAAGAAAGUAGAAAAGCUUUGGUAUGUAUGUCAGCGAUGUCAUGGGUACCAUCCAGUAGAUGCUUAUGUCACUGCUUUCCCUAAUAGUUGUUGUUUUGUAUAAUAAUUGUACAGUAGUUGCUCAGUAUUCUAUAGCUGUAUAGUAGUUGUUUUUAUUGUGGUGAAGGUAGAGGUUUCUCAUCAAUUGCAUUUGGCAGCCCCAUUGCUGGGGAGCAGUGAUUCACAGCAGCUGUAGGAGCGCCAGACGAUCUGCCAGUGACUACUGGCUAAAGCUUUGUCAGAGCUGUGGAACUCCCUGCCUAUUGACAUUAGGCAAGCACCUUUGCUGUACUCUCUUUGGUGCCUAUUUAAAACAUUUCUGUUUAGACAAGCCUAUCCUUACAUGUAGAAGUUAUGUGUAUUUUAUCUUUCUUUUUUUUAGGAAGUUUGAUUUUAAUUUAACCGUUGAAAGAUUUUAUAUACUCAGUUGUAACUGUUUUUAAUGGAUAUUUUUUAAUGUUUUACUUCAUAUUUUUGUAAACCACUCAGAGGAGUUGUUUGUUUUUGUUUUUACAAUCAAGCAGUAUAUAAAUGCCAAAUACACUUCAUUUAUUUAUAUAUUUAUUUAGUUCAUUUGUUAGUUAUUGCAUUUUCAUUUUACCUUAAUCUCCAAGGAGCUCAAGGCAGCAUACAUGAUUCUCUCCUUCCUCUUUUAAUCCCCACAACAGCCCUGUGACGUAGGAUAGGCUGAGAGGCAGUGAGUGGCCCAAGAUCACCCAGUAAACUUUAUGACUGAGUGGUGAUUGAACCCUGGUCUUCCAGGUACUAGACCCAAACUACACUCUUAACUGGAUAAAUAGAUCACUUUAUCAUGCAUUCCAUAAUUAUUUUCUAAAAGAAAAAUGGGGAGUGACUUUGCUAAAAGAACCCUUGUGGUUUCAUUCUGAUGGGGCUUUUUUUUUUUUAGAAUUUUAGAAUUAUUAAAAAUAAGAAGACAAAUCCUGUGUCAGUUCCCCCCACAGUAUGCUUUCCCACCACCAUUAAAAAUUGCUAAAUAAUUUCCUUUCCUGGGGGGCAGAGUGAUGAGAUGGGUUUUGAGAAAGUCAUUGGGACUCUCUCACAGACUCCUUUGGGAGAGUUUUGAGGUGGUGAUUUUGAUUAUUAUUAUUUUAGGGGGUGGGGGUUCAUUUCAGCCUCAGUUUUUAUGUAAGCAGCUUAUGAACAUAAUACAUUUUGAGAUCUAAACAAGGUAAGAACAAAAUAGAAAUAGUAUUAACAAUAAGCUGUGCUUGUAUAGAUGUAAAAUUGUGCAUGUAUUUAUAAACAAUAUAUUUUAAAUAUAUAAAUAAUAUAUUUUAAACUUAUUUUCUUUUAUAGGUUUGUCUUAA